UCAAGCGGUGAGGCUGGGAAUGGUACCAUGGACAGCAACACUAACGUCAGCAACCCAGACACUCAGACCUCUGUGAUACUUCAUAGUACAGCGCUACUGCAUGCUACUGAGACAACUUUGUGAGACUUAGACAAGGAUCAAUAGAGUGAGGCAGGUAAAGGUUUCAUCCACUGAAAGAGAAAAACGGGCAUACGAAUUCUAUUAUUUGUACAAAAUGCCAGUUUUAAAGAAAGAAUCCCUGGAGAAAACCGCAGACAAAAGUUGUGAAGAUGCAGAGAUUUUGCCCAAACUACCUAUUCCUCCUCUUCAACAAACCAUGGACAUGUAUCUAAAGUGCAUGAAACAUCUAGUGUCAGAGGAACAGUAUAAGAAAGCCAAACAAAUAGUGGAGAGGUUUGCAUUGCCUGGAGGUGUGGGUGAAAUGUUACAGCAAAAACUAUUGGAGAAGAGAGACAAUACAGAAAACUGGAUACAUCAAUACUGGCUCGAUGACAUGUACCUCAAUAACCGUCUUCCAUUACCAGUUAAUUCCAGCCCAGCAGUAAUAUUUGCUCGUCACAACUUCAAGGACACCAAUGACCAUUUAAGGUUCACUGCCAACUUAAUUUCUGGAGUUCUUGAUUACAAAACCCUGCUGGAUCUGCACGCUCUACCUAUGGACUAUGCUCGUGGUCAGCUGUCUGGGCAGCCUAUGUGUAUGAAACAAUACUAUGGACUCUUCUCUUCUUAUCGCCUUCCAGGGGGCAACAAAGAUACCCUUGUGGCACAGGAAAGCAGUAUCAUGCCAGAACCCGAACACGUCAUUGUUGCAUGCAACAACCAGUUCUUUGUGUUGGAUGUUGUUAUUAACUUUCGUCGGCUAAGUGAGGGUGAUCUCUUCACUCAACUGCUGAAGAUAGUAAGAAUGGCCGGGAAUGAAGAUGAGAGGCUACCGCCUAUAGGUUUGUUGACAUCAGAUGGACGAUUUGAGUGGGCACAAGCAAGAGAGAUGUUAAUGAAGGAUUCUACAAACCGUGACUCAAUGGACAUGAUUGAACGAUGUAUGUGUUUGGUGUGUUUAGAUGCACCAACUGGAAUGGAAUUAAAUGAUACUAACAGAGCACUGCAACUUCUUCAUGGAGGAGGUUAUGAUAAAAACGGUGCAAAUAGAUGGUACGACAAGCCGAUGCAGUUUGUCGUGGGGAGAGAUGGCGUGUGUGGCACCAUUUGUGAACAUUCACCCUUUGAUGGGAUCGUCCUUGUACAAUGUACAGAGCACCUUCUUAAAUAUAUGAAAAGCAGCCCCAAAAAAUUAGUGAGAGCAGAUUCUGUCAGCGAGUUACCAGCCCCGAGAAGACUUCGGUGGAAGUGUUCACCAGAAAUUCAAGGACACUUGGCUUCAUCUGCAGAAAAACUCCAAAGGAUAGUAAAUAAUCUUGAUUUCACUGUUUACAAGUUUAAGAACUAUGGAAAAGAGUUUAUCAAGAAACAAAGAAUGAGCCCAGAUGCAUAUAUUCAAGUGUCUCUCCAGCUUGCAUUUUACAAAUGCCACAGAAAACUUGUGCCUACGUAUGAGAGUGCUUCCAUACGAAGAUUUCAGAUGGGAAGAGUUGACAACAUAAGAUCUUCAACGGCUGAAGCACUAACAUUUGUGAAAGCAAUGGUGGAUGGAAAAAGUACCAUACCGGAUACUGAGAAGAUGCAAUACCUCAGGGAGGCAAUAAUGGCUCAGACUAAUUACACUAUUCUGGCCAUUACUGGGAUGGCAAUAGACAACCAUUUACUGGCACUGAGGGAGUUAGCACGAGAACAUUGCAAGGAAUUGCCUGAGCUCUUUACUGAUGAAAUGUAUUUGGCCAGCAAUCGGUUCAUUCUCUCAACCAGUCAGGUUCCUACUACUAUGGAAAUGUUUUGUUGCUAUGGGCCGGUGGUCCCAAAUGGCUACGGUUCAUGCUAUAACCCACAGCCUGAACAUAUUCUGUUCUGUAUCUCGAGCUUCCGAGAAUGCAAAGAAACAUCUUCCACAAUGUUUGCCAAAGCCGUAGAAGAAAGUCUAAUUGCCAUGGGGGAUCUGUGCGCCAAAUACAACACUAAGCCUGAAACACCAAUAAAGGAGAAAAAAACUAAAUCACAAAAUGGGCAUAAGUCAUAGUCCAUUACAAAUGACUAAAAACACAAAAAGAAAUAAUUGAAUUAUUUAUUUUCCAUAAAUACCAUAUUUUUGUGACUGUUAGUAAUUUAUAUUUUACAAAACAAAAUGUAUCUGAUGCAAAAUAAAUAUUUAAAAGAGAUAUCUAUAGGGGAAAUGUGGUAGAUGAGAUUAUAAAACCUUAUGGGAAAACCUUAUUAAAUGAGAGUUUGUAUUAAUAGGUAUGAGAUCAUAACAGACUUUUUUGGUUUGGAAUUUUUCCCUCAAAUGUAUGACAUUUAAUGUAUUUUUUCAAGCUCGUUAUGAAGUACCCGUUUAAUGGAUUGAUGCAUUUAUGUCAGGCGAUUAGAUUUCCAUAUUAUGAUUUAAAGCCGAUCAGAAUCAAUUGGUCCAUCAUGUCAUCCAAUGCCCUAGCUACAUACAUUUGCCUAAAUUCUUUAACCUAAUUCCUACUCUGGGUAUGUAUGUGCCAACCCAAUGAAAUUCAGGAACAUUUCUGUCUGCCAUUGUUUGAGGUCUAUUUCAUGGGAUCUGCCACCAGGGUUGUUAGCCAAUAAAUGGGAUUUAUUGUAAAUGCAAAGUUAAUUAUGAAUUUUACAUUUACAAUACCUAAAAUGGAAAAAAAAAAUCUCCCAAUGUAUUUA